CCCGCCGCAAUACCAGAAACAUCCUCUCACCAACCACACCAAUCCUCCGCACCUUCACCACCACCACCACCCUCUCCACAAAAGACACCAAAAUGUCCACCUCACCGCCAAAACACGAGAUGGUCCAUUUCCCCUCCCUGACCUCCGCCGUCCGCUCCUUUGGCCAAUUCAGAAAAGUCAUCCACACGGGACUUUACUCUCAACUCGUGACGAUGGAGAUUCCCGUCGGAGGAGAUAUAGGGAAUGAAGUGCACAUGGUGGAUCAGGUGUUGAUAUUUACUUCGGGCGAGGGAAAAGCUGUCGUGGGGGGCAAGGAACAGGAUAUCAAAGCCAGUGAUGUGGUGGUCGUGCCGGCCGGGACGGAACAUCAAUUCUACAAUACCAGUAAAGAUAAGCCGUUGGAAUUGGUCACUGUGUAUAGUCCUGCCGAGCAUGAUCCCAGGACCGUUCACAAGACCAAGGAAGAAGGUGAUGAAGAGGAAGAUGCUGGCAAAGAUGAGGCGCCCGAGUGGAGCAGACAGAGUACUGAUGUUAAUGAGAAGAAGGGUCUCGUCAAGGAGGAGGGUGGCCCUUAUGAGAAUGGUGAUGAUGGGCGUCAUGGGAGGAAGGUUGAGUAGGUUGUGCAUAGCGCCGUCGAUGUAUGAGUAAUGCGUUAUCAACAUCUGAUGCUUCCGUACACUUACUCUUGCCCUUCUUGCUGUUCCAUCCUAUCGUUGAAGCUAUGCUCGACACACACGUUGUACGAUAGUAACGAAGAAGGUACGAGAACACAUCACUCAGAACAUGACCAGGCGGGAUAAUAUUUGCAUCUGUGUAAACAUACGAGA